AUGUUGCUUGACCUGCCAAACGAGCUCCUGCUCGAGGUCAUCUACGGUCUUGAUCCAGGCAGCUUUUCGCAGAUAAUGCGCGUCUGCAAGGCUCUUCGAUCUGCUGCUCUCGGCACCCUGCCACUCAAGCAUCAGUUAGAAAAGGUCCCUGGCAUCACCGACAGACUCUGCGGCAGCGGCGCGAAGAAACUCCAUAAAAUCUUCAAACGCCGCACCGUGAAGAACCUCAUGCACGGGGUCGAAGCUCUUGCCGACGUCUCUCGUUUUGCUCUGCCUGCUUCAGAGUCCCUGAAACAUGGCCUGUUCAUGAAUUGUAGCUGCAAAACAGACCACUUGCUGAUGGCAACAGUGCACACCAAAGACGCUUCGGUCGGCAUUCACAGCAUCAAGUCUCAAUUUCCCAUCCUCAAAUGUAUCCUGUCACCCACAGCUCUGGACCUUGGGCCCCAAGAAGAUAUUCAAUACGAGGUUGUCAAGAUGGCUUUCUACGAUUCACAUGACCGCUCAACAAGAUGUCAAUGUGUGGACCGGCUUGCUGUGCUUUAUCGUUACCGCCUGAUAGGGGAUGGGCGCGGACCAUUUGUGGAGGCGGCUGCGAAACGGUCCAAGGAGAUUCUGAAACUCGUGACCUGGAUUUUCACCGACUCAUUUGACGCAACCAUUGAAGAAGUGCGAGACAUCAAUACAGGAGGAAGCCUUGUGCCAAGAGCCCUGGCAAUGGCGGACGAUGGCUCUGCAAUCAUCUCUUAUGACAUCAAUUCGGCCUAUACACAUGAGUAUCGAGACCCUUACCGCAUUGAACUGGUUCAACGACGCUCGGACAGGUACUAUGAUCCAUUUCCACCCACCAGAGCUUAUGAUACAAGCUGUAAUGCCAACGGCACUCGUGCGCCAAGUGAAAUCUCCAUCAUCAAACGUAGGGUGUGGUUCUUUUAUCCCGGAAUUCCGACUCCACAGUAUGAGAUUGACGACUAUGGCACCGUGAUCUCGAUUCAGGUGUCGCAACCGCAUUUCUCUUUCAUACCAAGACCGGUUACCAGCGCGUCUUUCGGUUUUCCACUUGCCGUCCAUCACAAGCACGGACUCAAGGAUCCUACAGGCGAAGAAUACUGCCUCAACAGCGUACUCCAACUACACAUACAGAACGAUGCGCGCUCAUGUGGCGCUUACAUCAUCAAAGGCGUACAUUUUCCCGACGGUUGUCAAUACUACAACCCACUUCAGCGGUACUCUAGCCUGGACCACUUUGCGGUAGCUGAACUUGGCGGCCUUGACAUCGAUGCGAGUAGGAGCUCAUCGCUGGGUCUGAUAAUGGCAGUCUCGCCCCGCAAACGGCGCAUUGCCAUUGCUACUUGGAACCGCGUCCAAAUAUGGGUCGUUCAUCCCGAUGCCUUUUUCGAACGCCAAACGCACUCUAACGGAUGUUUGACGACCGUAAGCGGCGGUGCAAGCUCUAGUGGCAAUACUGAGGCCACCCUCGAUGAUUUGACCAUCGCUCCAGUCGACCGUGCCCAGCUAGAAGAUCCAUACUUGUCGAGUGAUAACUCGGACUCGGACGCAAGCACCCCAAUCGCAACACAUCACAGCACCUCAUCCGUUUCAAGCACAAUCACCACCUCUUCCGCGGACACAUCAGCCUCAAAUUUCUCCAACGAUGACGGCUUGGACCUGGAUGAAUGGCCGUGGGUUGACCGGUGUGGUUGGGACUAUUACUCAUGCUAUCCGCGCCGUGAGCUCGGCGGAUUGAAAGCCUUUUCUGAUAAGGGCCAAAAUCUUCCGGAAGAGUGCCAAGUUGUGAGUCUUCAGCCCGUCGAAUUGCCGUCCCAGGGCGUGGUCUUGGCUUUGGCGUUCAACGGUGAGGAUAAUCUAUGGGCAUGGACAGAUCGCGGCCCACUAAGGUGGAAUUUUGGUGGGGACUGCGACUCCAAGAGAGAGACACACAAGGCACACUGGGAAGUGAGGGAGAUGAACGUCAGGAUGUAA